AUGCCAACACUUGUCUUUGUUAUUACACUUUUCUUCGUGCGAGAAGCAUCCUGCUGGGGUCCGGACGGCCACGCUGUAGUUGCCGAGCUCGCCGAUACGCGUAUGUCGAGUAAAGCAAGGAAAUGGGUUUAUGAUAUUAUGGGAGAAGGAUAUCGAUUGGCAACUUCGGCGAGUUGGGCUGACAGCAUUUUGUAUGGAAAUAACAGUGGUGAAUGGUCCUGGUCUAAACCGCUGCAUUAUGCCAAUGUUGAUGAUUGUGAAUUUGUAUAUGCGAGAGAUUGCCCGAACAACGUAUGUGUUGCGGGCGCUAUUAAAAAUUAUACGGCACAGUUGACUAAUACUAGUUUAACGAAGGAACAACGGCAAGAUGCUGUGAAAUUUCUUGUGCAUUUUAUGGGGGAUGUCCACGAGCCGCUCAACGCUGGAAGGUACACUGAUUUGGGAGGCAAUACGAUCAGUGUUGCGAUCAAUUUCGCGGAUUAUGAGAAAACAAAUCUUCAUAAAGUUUGGGGUGAAAAAUUGAUCGAUGAAUAUGAAGGAGAACUUUACCCAGGUCCAUAUAUUCAGCAAGAUGCUGAUUAUAAUAAGGACCGCACGCAGUAUUGGAGUGUCUCAGCUGAUGAAAUCGGACGAGGGUUGGCCUCCGGUGGGAAGUACGCUGGGAAGGUUCCUUCCUGGAAGAGUAAAUGUGAGAGUCUUGGUAUUGAUGUAUGCGUGAAUGAGAUGGUGCAAGAAUCGGCUACACUAGCUUGUAAUCAAGCGUAUGUGAAUGUUGACGGCUCGCAGAUUGGCAAUGAUGAUGGUCUUUUGAUGGGAUAUUACACCAGUAGAAUUGAAACUGUCAAGGAACAGCUCGCAAAAGGUGCAGUCCGCUUGGCCUGGGUACUUGACAAUACGUUUGACAAUUUUACCACUACUACUCCGCAACCGCCUACUAGUACUACUACUACGAUCAGCAGCACCUCGCAGAGUUCCUCCUCGCCGACUACGGCAGCUCCUUCUAGUACUACUACGGAAUUGCCUAAUGGUGCGUUCGGUUUUAGUAGUAAUAGGAUUUGCCAAUAUGUAUUGGUUGGUAUAUUGGUCGUCGUGGUCACCUUGUAA